CAUGGUGGCCGACGACAAUAGCUGUGAAGUCCCUCCCCACUUCGAGCCCAGAAUCUACAAGUACACAUCACAUGAUCUUCAUCUGAAAAAAAAAGUCCAACAACAAUUGAAAAACAAGAAGAAGAGGAGGAAAAGAAAGAAAAAAAACGACCGUCGGAGACAUGUUCAGGGUCGGAGUUCCCGUCAAUCACCACGUCUCAAGAAUCAAACUGCUUUGCUACAGUCGAUGACCUGCAGUCGAGAAAGAGUGAAGAGAAAGGGCAAGUUUCUCCCUCUGUCAGAAAGAGAAGGCGCUUUUACCGAGGCAUAAUGGUGCAAGUGUAUGCCAGGCUGUAAAGUGCCCUCAAAUUUCUCCGCUUCUACCCAUCUCUCAUCAUCCGCCAAAGUGAAGGAUCGCUGCUUCUACCCAACCCUCAAAGACCCGAUCCUAAUCAACCACACAACGGAAGCUCCGCCGAACGGCGGCGAGAUGGCUAACCAAAAUCCAAAGGACGAAGCAGAGAAGCAAGCUGCCCCACAGAACUAAUCAAUGGAGCCGCCAUCCGAUCGGGCGGCAGAUUGAGAGACAAAAACAUGUUUGUUCCGACGGCGAAAGACCCUUGCUUCUGAUCCUCUGUUUGUCGCCACGCCAAGCCAUAUCUACUUCAGUCACAGCUCUCUCCGCCAGGAGAGAUGGUUAAAAAAAGGGAGGAAGAAGAAGAAGAAACAAACAAAAAAAGAAAAAAAGGGGAGAAAGAGCCGUCUGGCACCCAAGCCUACUCGCGGUCGCGGCCCACUCCGCCUUUAUCUCCGCCAGCUCCUUCAAGACCAUGUCGUCCGCCCAUCAAUGCAGCACCACAGAUCCAGCCCACGCUCUUCCCACUCGCUGACCGCCCCAAACGCGCAACCGGUUCGCCUCCAUCCAGUCCGCUCAAACUCGAGGCCCGCCGCUCCAUGGGCUCUGUUCGCCAAUACAGGCCCGAAACAUUCAGCAUCAACUAGACCCAAUCCGCCUCAAGACAUAGCAUUCAAUUAAAAAAAAAACUGCUCCCGCCGCGAUUUGAACCCGCACAACUGCAUCGCCCUUGAACUACGCUGACCAGUACGCGACAACGAAAACUUGCUGGAUCAAAUCGCGGCAUCCUAUUUAUAGAGAAAGCACCCCGCUCCAGACUAGCAAGCACGACUUCUUUCAGCCCGCUCCCGCGUCACUGGUGGGCUUCGCCCCACUCCAGCCCGCGCCCCGUCUUAAAAGUACAAGCAGAUACGACUUGCGUCCUUAGGCCCAGCUUGGCAGCCCGCACCAUCAACUUCUUACUCCCACAUCAAAGCCUACUCCGACUCGCGGGCCUGACUCGCACUCGUCAGCCCAAAUCUUCCAUCUGAUCCGCCUAACAAGCCCGCACCAUGACAAAGCGGCCCAUGUCGUUCGUCCGCGCCAAUCCGGCCCACCAGUACUACUGCACUUGAGCCCGCUUCGGCGCUCCAGUCCAACCAAGCCCACAGGCACUAAGCUCGCUAAAAUAAAAAAUAUAUCGUCGCCGCGAGGGCUUGAACUCGCGCCAAUCUUGUGAAAGACAAGAAAGGCAACUAGUAGACUACAAACCUUAAAUGUGAUCAAUAGGUGCAGCGCGCUAUUUUAAAGCUUCGCUUCCCCGACUCGCGGCGCACUCACGGAAGAUGAACCCACUACUCGCGGGCCCGAGUCAUACUCAUCCGCGUGACUCUACCGCCCAAGCUUGCGGCCCGCCGCCUCAACACUCGCAGCUCGCACUGCAGGCGGCCCAACUCGCGGCCCGCAUUCAACAGUCACGGAACUCUUCAAAAAUAUUAUCGCUGCCACCAGGAAUUGAACCCUGGUCACUCCUCCGCCAAACAAGCAACAUUACCAGUAGCUACAUACGCGCCUUAUGAUCCUUAGAGGCAGCACUCUUAUUUUAACAACUCUUCGCGCCGCUUCGCCAACAUAAAGCUAAGUACUCCAUCCCUCUAUCAUUAUUAAAUUUUUAAAUAUUUUACUUUCCUGAGCGUUAAUGGCGCUAAUGGGGGGUAAGACGUACCCAACAACGUGGGAGAUGAGAAACUCACCAAGCUCUCGACGCCUUGAAGACUCCAAACUGAUGGUUAAAAACCCCGACGAGGAGAGGGCACAUUGCCUCAGUGAAUCUACAAAUAAGUCUCAACGAAGCACACAAAUAAGACUUCAAUAAGAGCAUCGAAGAUCUACAAAUAAGUCUCAACGAAGCACACAAAUAAGACUUCAAUAAGAGCAUCGAAGAUCUACAAAUAAGUCUCAACGAAGCACACAAGUAAGACUUCAAUAAGAGCAUCGAAGAAGCUACAAAUAAGUUUCAAUGAAGCACACAAAUAAGACUUCAAUAAGAGCAUCGAAGAUCUACAAAUAAGUCUCAACGAAGCACACAAAUAAGACUUCAAUAAGAGCAUCAAAGAUCU